CAUCAAUUCAAUCAACACAUAAACCUGUGUCGUGUGUUUUCUACAUUUUUUCCUUCUACCGCUCUGCUUCCAAGUUGAAUACACUAUGCAUCAUCAUCAUCAUCAUCAUCAUCACACCAUUCUCUACUCUCAAUGAACCCUCGCUAUUCCAAACCUCUUAUUCCUUCUCAAUUUUCUCAACAAAUUACCAAUCGUAUUAAUCGCGAACGCUAGAACCUUCAAAUCGUGAAUUAAUGGCGGUUUCCGAACAAGAAUGCUCUUCCGCCAAGUCAAGUCCAUCUUCUUCAUCAUCCUCUACUUCGCGUUAUUAUCUCUCCAAGUGCGUUGUCAGAGCAAGCGCCAUUCUUCAGGUCCUCUACGCUCACCUUCGUUCUCCUUCCUCAAACGACGUCGUUUUCGGCAAGGAGACAUCUAUAGAGUUGGUGGUGAUUGAUGAGGAGGGGAAUGUACAAACCGUUUGUGAUCAGCCUGUUUUUGGUAUCAUUAAAGAUCUUGCUGUAUUGCCAUGGAAUGACAAAUUUUGCACCCGUCGUCCACAGACUCAAGGUAAAGACCUCUUGGUUGCUUUAUCGGAUUCCGGAAAGCUGUCAUUGCUCACAUUUUGCAAUGAAAUGAACAGGUUUUUUCCUAUAACACAUGUUCAACUAUCUAAUCCUGGAAACAUAAGGGAUCUUCCGGGACGAAUGUUGGCAGUUGAUUCCAGUGGUUGUUUUAUAGCUGCAAGUGCAUAUGAAGAUCGGCUGGCUCUGUUUUCUAUGUCAACGUCAAUGACUGGGAGUGAUAUCAUUGAUGAGAGAAUAAUAUAUCCCUCUGAAAGUGAAGAGACUGCAAGUACUUCCAGAACCAUGCAGAAAACCAGUAUUAGUGGUACUAUUUGGAGUAUGUGCUUUAUUUCAGUAGAUUCCCGACAACCAAUCAAGGGGCAGAAUCCUGUAUUAGCUAUUAUUCUAAAUAGGAGGGGAGCUCUUCUAAAUGAAUUGCUCUUAUUGGAAUGGAAUGUUAAAGCACAUAUAGUCUCUGUCAUUUCUCAGUAUGUUGAAGCUGGACCUCUAGCACAUAACAUUGUUGAAGUUCCUAACUCUCCGGGACUUGCGUUUCUAUUCAGGGCUGGUGAUGUUCUGUUAAUGGAUCUUAGAGAUCCUCACAAUCCAUUAUGUGUGUACAAGACUUGCUUGAACAUUUUACCCAAUGCAAUUGAAGAGCAGACUUAUGUGGACGACUCUUGUAAAUUACACGAUCUUGAUGAUGAAGGCUUUAGUGUUGCCGCCUGUGCUUUGUUGCAGCUUAGUGAUUAUGAUCCUAUGUGCAUAGACAGUGACAGUGGUGGUACUAAUUCUGGUCCGAAGUACAUAUGCUCUUGGAGUUGGGAACCUGAAAAUUAUGAAGUUCCUAGGAUGAUCUUUUGUGUAGACACUGGAGAAUUUUUUAUGAUUGAAGUUUAUUUUGACUCCGAUGGCCCUAAAUUGAGUCUCUCGGAGUGUCUCUAUAAAGGUCUACCUUGUAAAGAACUUUUGUGGGUUAAGGAGGGAUAUCUAGCAUCAAUUGUAGAAAUGGGGGACAGCGUGGUCCUGAAAUUGAAAGAUGGAAGGCUAUGCUUUACAAAUCUUAUUCAAAACAUUGCACCAAUCUUUGAUGUGACAUCUGGGGAUUAUCAUGAUGAGAAGCAUGACCAAAUGUUUGCUUGCUGUGGUGUGACACCUGAGGGGUCAUUAAGGGUUAUUCAAAGUGGUAUCAAUGUAGAAAAGCUACUUAGAACCCCUUCUACUUAUGAAGGGGUAGCUGGUACUUGGACCGUUCGAAUGAAAAUUUCAGAUCAAUAUCAUUCUUUUCUAGUUCUAUCAUUUCUUGGGGAGACUAGAAUAUUGUCAGUUGGCUUAAGUUUUACUGACGUGACUGAUUCUGUUGGUUUCCAACCUAAUGUAUGUACUUUGGCAUGUGGCCUUGUGAGUGAUGGUUUGCUUGUUCAGAUCUAUCAAUCUGCUGUUAAGCUUUGUUUGCCUACUAAGGAUGGUCAUUCUGAAGGCAUCCCUUUGUCCUCUCCUAUUUGCACAUCUUGGUACCCAGACAAUCUGAAUAUUAGUCUGGGGGCAGUUGGGCAUAAUUUCAUCGUUGUGUCAACCUCCAACCCAUGUUUUUUGUUUAUCCUUGGGGUUAGAAUGCUAUCGGCUUAUCAAUAUGAAAUUUAUGAAAUGCAACAUUUGGAACUGCAGAACGAAGUAUCAUGCAUUUCCAUCCCUAGAACAAAGUACGGAAAAAAACGGUCAAAUUCAUCCAUUUCAGAAAAUAAUAGCUCCAUGGCUUCUACUGUAAGUGGAGUGGACAUCAAUAAAACAUUUGUUAUUGGCACCCAUAGGCCUUCUGUAGAGAUUUGGUCUUUUGAUCCGAAUGGUGGAGUCACGGUAGUUGCUUGUGGAACAAUUUCAUUAAAAAGUACAGCGGGGACUGCUAAAAGUUUUUGCAUACCUCAAGAUGUACGACUCGUGUUUGUUGAUAAAUAUUAUGUUCUUGCCGGAUUGCGGAAUGGAAUGCUCCUUCGCUUUGAGUGGCCAACCGAACCGUCUCAUUCAUCAUCAAUAAAUGUGGUGGACACUGCUUUAUCUUCUAUAAAUUUGGUAAAUUCUACGACCAUGGCUAUCAACGUGAACCUUCCUUGCAUGCUUCAAUUGAUUGCCAUUCGUCGCAUUGGCAUCACUCCAGUUUUCUUGGUUCCCCUGGAUGACACACUUGAUGCUGAUAUAAUUGCACUAAGUGAUAGGCCUUGGUUGUUGCACAGUGCAAGACACAGCAUUUCCUAUACUUCUAUCUCAUUUCAACCAUCUUCACAUGCAACUCCUGUUUGCUCUAUUGACUGUCCAAAAGGAAUAUUAUUUGUUGCUGAAAACAGUUUGCAUCUGGUGGAGAUGGUCUACAGCAAGAGACUUAAUAUGAGAAAGUUUCAUUUAAAGGGCACUCCACGGAAGGUCCUGUAUCACAACGAAAGUCAGAUGUUACUUGUGAUGAGGACCGAACUGAGUAUUGGUACAUGUUUGUCUGACAUAUGUUGUGUGGAUCCCCUAAGCGGGUCAGUACUAUCGUCUUUUAGACUAGAACUUGGAGAAACAGCAACAUCCAUGGAAUUAAUUAGGGUUGGAAGUGAGCAGGUGCUUGUGGUUGGAACUAGUCUGUAUUCUGGUCCACCCGCAAUCCCCAGUGGUGAAGCUGAGAGUGCCAAGGGUCGUCUGCUUGUUCUCUGCAUUGAUCAUGUGCAAAAUUCAGACAGUGGUUCAAUGACCUUCUGUUCGAAGGCAGGGUCAUCCUCUCAAAGAACUUCACCAUUCAAUGAAAUUGUUGGUCACGUUCCUGAACAGCUAUGCCUAUCAAGCAGUAGCCUUGCCAGCAGCCCUGAUGAUAAUAGCUUUGAUGGCAUCAAACUUGAUGAAAAUGAAAUUUGGCAGUUCCGAUUGGCUUCUGCAACUACAUGGCAGGGAAUUGUACAAGCGAUCUGUCCUUAUCUUGAUCGCUAUUUUUUGGCAUCUGCUGCCAAUGCUUUCUAUGUCUGUGGUUUCCCAAACGACACUCCACAAAGAGUGAGAAAGUAUGCUGUGGGAAGGACGCGCUACUCGAUAAGAUCUUUGACUGCAUAUUUUAGUAGAAUUGCAGUUGGAGAUAAUCGUGAUGGUAUCCUUUUCUUUUCUUACCAUGAGGAGGCAAGAAAGUUGGAGCAACUCUACGGUGACCCAUCACAGAGGUUGGUUGCUGAUUGCAUUCUCAUGGAUGAUAACACGGCUAUUGUUUCAGAUCGUAAAGGAAGCAUAGCUGUUUUAUGUUCAGAUCAUUUGGAAGCACCAAACAAUGCAAGUACGGAAUGCAAUUUGAGACUAAGCUGUGCUUAUUUCAUGGCUGAGAUAGCUGUGAGCAUCCGAAAGGGCUCAUAUUCAUACAGACUUCCAGCUGAUGAUUUGUUGUCAGGUGGCAUUGGCCCCAAGACAAAUGUUGACUCGCUACAAAAUACUAUUCUUGUUAGUACUCUGUUAGGAAGCAUAAUGAUCUUCAUCCCUUUAUCAAGAGAGGAAUAUGAGCUCUUAGAAGCUGUGCAAGCAAGACUUGCUGUCCAUCAUUUGACUGCACCUGUUCUUGGAAAUGAUCAUAAUGAGUUUCGCAGCCGUGAAAAUCCAGUUGGAACACCAAAGAUACUUGACGGGGACAUGUUGACACAGUUUCUGGAGCUGACAAAUAUGCAGCAAAAUAACAUUUUGUCUAUGGAACCACUUGAUGUGGUAAAACCAAGUUUGAAGCCGCUCCUACCACAAUUUUCUGUCAACCAAGUUGUUCAGCUUCUUGAACGGGUUCAUUAUGCACUGAACUAAACACACUUCUGGUUCAUUAUGUGGGAAGCAGAAUACAUAUAUAUACUAUAUGCAGUGCAGUUCAAAUCAGUAUUACCCGCUGUGAAUGGCUUCCUGCCUCACAGUGUGCUGUCAAUAAACAAACAAAUACUUAUGGUUGCGGUUGUGCAGUGACUAUAAGGCCUGGACAGCAGCUGGGAAGUCGGCAUAAGGUUUGGGCGACAUAACAUUUGGGGGACAGGCCUUUUCUGAAACAGUCUUCUGUAUGUCUCUGUUGUAGUGUUCAUAAAUUAUAUUUUUAGGAAAAGAAAAGGUGUUUAGUACAAUAGUUUGUACAUUAGUGAAAUCAGUGAGAGCAGCAGCAUUCUCUUUUAUAGGCAUUUUUAUAGAAGGUUUUGAACGAUAAUAAUGGUGUAUAUUCAAUAAGAAAAUAUGAGUUAUUAGCCUCUGACAUUUUACUUUUGACUA